AUGGGAAAAAUAACUGUAAGCGAAACAAGGGAGAAACAGCGUCAUAAUCCUUUGCAUAGGGAUAUAACUACCACAGGUGGAAAUUUGAGGGCGGUCCCAAGACGUUCGAAUCAAAAAGUGUCGGCAUCCAAUGAAGAUGAAGGGUUUCUUGAUGCGGCAACUUCAAGAAAGAUCUUACAACUUGCCAAGGAGCAGCAAGAAGAACUAGAGAAUGAAGAAGAGAGUGAAAGCGUUAAAGAAAGAGGCUUUGCACAAACGUUGAGAGAGCAAAUUGGCCAAGAGGAGGAUGAAGAAGAGGAGGAGGACGAAGAAGAAGAGUAUUCCGACUUCGAGGCGGAUGUGUAUGAGGAGGAAGAAUUGCAAGUUGAUGCGCAAGACCAAGAACUUUUUGAAAGAUAUUUCAAAGGUGACAACGCAGGAAACUCUUUCAACUUAGCUGACAAAAUUCUUGCCAAAAUUCAUGAGAGAGAAAUCAUGAGAAGUGGUGAAAAUGGUACAGAAAAGUCUUCUGAUGCUGUAUUACUACCACCGAAAGUUAUAGCGGCGUACGAGAAGAUUGGUCAAAUUUUGUCCACUUACACUCAUGGCAAACUCCCGAAAUUAUUCAAGGUAUUACCUACUUUGAAGAAUUGGGAAGAUGUUUUGUUCGUCACGAACCCAGAAGGAUGGACACCACAUGCAACAUAUGAGGCUACGAAGCUAUUUGUCUCCAACUUGCAAGCUAAUGAGGCACAAAAGUUUAUCGAAAAUGUGUUAUUGGAAAAAUUCCGGGUGUCAAUAGAGGACAGCGAAAACCAUUCUUUAGAUUACCAUAUCUACAGAGCCAUCAAAAAGUCCUUGUAUAAGCCUGGUGCGUUUUUCAAGGGAUUCUUGCUUCCACUUGUCGAUGGACAUUGUUCUGUUAGAGAAGCUACCAUCACUGCUUCUGUCCUUUCCAAAGUUUCUGUCCCAGCAUUGCACUCUUCUGUGGCAUUGACCCAAUUGCUUCAUAGAGAUUUUACGCCUGCUACUACUGUGUUCAUCAGGGUAUUGAUUGAGAAAAAGUACGCUUUGCCAUACCAAACUUUAGAUGAACUUGUGUUUUAUUUCAUGCGGUUCAGGAAAGCAGCACAGGAAGAAGCUAUGGGAGAAGAAGUCGUUCAGAACAUGCCACCAUUACCUGUUGUAUGGCAUAAAGCAUUUUUAGCAUUCGCACAGAGAUAUAAAAAUGAUAUCACUGAUGACCAGAGAGAUUUCUUGUUGGAAACAGUGAGACAAAGAUUUCAUCAUGCCAUUGGGCCAGAGAUUAGAAGAGAACUUCUUGCAGGUAAGCCAAGGAUGGAAGAUCCUAAUGUGAAGGAGACGAAAAUGGAAGACGCUUUUUAA